AACAUAGAACCACGAUUGAUAUUGUGUGUUAUGAUGUAUAUAUGCAGAACUUUAGGUGGAAACGGAACGAUAGGAAUGAACAGGUGAACCAAACACAAAUCGGAGCGUUAACCAGUAGCGAAGGACGCAAGUACAUGCGUCGCAAUCAUACAAUUCUAACACAAUUAAAUGAGGCCGAACGGGCAUCGUUUGAGGAUAAUUAUGCGAACAAUCAAGGGAGCGGCGACCUAUUCACGCGACAAACUCACUGCGCUCCAAAUCAAUGAGAAACGACAGAACUAUCGAACGCGGUGUGGAGCAGUGGCGGCGAACAAGAUGGCAA